CUUUUGAUGUGCUCCGGUUGUCCAGGUGAGGAGUAUCGCUUCAAGUCACUCAGUGGAGGGGGUGUUUCCCCAGUGGUCACGUGGGCGGAAGAGAUUCCCGAUGACGUCACAUCCAGCGCCAUUUUUGAACAGUUUCAAGAGUAAGAAUGGAGUCCACCAAUGUGUUUGGUCAGCUCCGGAGCCUUGCUAGGCGUCUUGACCACGGUGUGGUUGACAUACAGAAGAAAGUGGCUGACCCAGGAAAACAUUCGGACAGUGACAGCAGCUACGCACAUGCAUACAGACAUCUACAGGAGGUGAAGAAGGAAGUCCAGGCCCUGAAGGACGAGGCCCGGGAGAAGAUGGCGAGUCAGCAAAUCAGUACAUACAGGCUGCAGCAGGUGCUGGACCUCUUGCCCCGACUCAUCGCAUCACAGAGACGCACUCUCACCGGAACAGAGGACUACUUGGAACAGUACGGCUAUGUGAAGCAAGCCAAGAAGACGACAGCACCAGAAGCAGUUGUGAAACCGGAAGUGACAAACGUUGUCCCUGACACCAGUCAUGGAGAAGGUGAAGAUGACAAUGAGGAAGAACCUGACACCGUGAACGAUGAGGCUAUUGUGCAUGAGACUACAACGCCUCCUACGCGGGUGAAGCCGAGUGAAUGUAAGACACCACGCCUCGAGGACUUUGGACUGAGUGACCUCACACUCAAUAUUCUUCAGAAGGGGCGGAGCUACGCCCCGACACAGCAGCAUGUCCCACAGACUAGUUCACUUUAUGCAUCCAAUCAGGGUCUUUCUGAAGACUCUCCAACACCAGCUCUCUUCAAACAUAAUGGCUUAUUUGUGACUCCGAGCCUCAUGGGCGGCCGAUAUAUACCUCAGCAGACACCAGACUGUAAUAGAAUAGGGUAUGGCUUUCCCCAACCCAUGUUCACAGAGGAUAGCCCCACCCCCUUCAUGACCCCCGCAGACAAGGGGGGAUGGAGGCGGCCGGAGGUGCGACUGAACUCGGAGUACCAGGGAAGUCCCGUCCCCCCUGUGCUCAACACCCCCGGAGCCAAACAGAUCCACAAGCAGCUGUACAGAGAGGGCGUCAAGAAGCCUGCCGCCACAGAGGACAAAGACAGCCCGAUUCCUCCUCUUCUGAUGACGCCAGGGAUGAAGCAGAUCACUAAAACCAUCACCGCCCCCAAGGUCACCGCCCUCAACAGCAAGCCAGACAAUGACAGCCCCAUGGUGCCAGUGUUGAUGACCCCGGGGGUCAAGCAGAUCCAGAAGACUGGCGGGGUCAAGAAGGCUAUGCCUGUCCCAGUGCCGGCCUCCUCCUGGGACAAGGAGCCAGAGAUGCCGGAGUUCACGCUCAGUCUUCAGGACAUAACCCAGCUGACACAGUCAUUCCGUCUCAACAACUCUACAGUCUCCAACCCCCCAGAAGCCCCAGCACUUCUGGCCAAGCACAUGAAGGACCGAGACACGCCUCCACUGCCGGAACUACUUUCCACACGACUGGCCAACCUCGGCACCCUGCCAGGGACAUCAUCCCUCUCCUCUGCUCCCCACACCAAGGCUGCGGAUGACACCAUGUCUGCAAGAAUUCUAAAAGCAACACAGUGUGACACCCCUCCGCCUCCAACUCUGUUUGGCAAAUAUAACUUCACAUCCAAAUAUAAACAUCGAGAAAAUGUUCCUCCCCAGUAAAUCAGACAUUUCUAUUGGAUGUUGACAAUGGCGGUCAGGGCCAGGUUCUACUAAGUGACAAUAGUGCUAUAACUUCCAUAACUCUAGCAGGAUUCAUCUAGAUUUGUCAACCAAGUGCCUAUUGCAAGGUAAAAUUGGGAUAUUUUUUCAAGUGUUUAUUAUCUUUAAUUCAGAGGUAUUGAAUUCAAUUCAGUAAUUAAGGUGAACUGGAUAUUGCUGUAUUUUUUUCUUUAUUGGCCUUACCUCUUUUCGUUUAAAAAUGAUUUAUAUCUUUUAAACCUGUAAUUAACAAUAUUAUUUUAUUACCGGACCCGUCAAGAUCCAGGGUAGAAUAGGUCUUUAGCAAUCCAUGCUUUCGCAAGAGGCGACUAUCGGGAUUGGAUGGUCAGACUUGCUGAAUUGGUUGAUGCAUGUCAUCAUAUCCCAAAUACGUGGAUCGAUGCUCGUAAUGUCAAUCACUGGAUUGUCUGGUCCAGACUCGAUUAUUUACAGACCGCCUUCAUAUAGCUGGAAUAUUGCUGAGUGCAAUGUUAAACAACACUGACAAUUUCCAUAGACAUGGGUCAGAAUAUCAACUGUAAACAUGCCUUGAUUAUUCUCUGCCAAUAUUAAGAGUGGAAGUAGGAAUGACCGUCAUUAAUGAACUUACUCUGUAAAUAAAUCUUACACUGUGAACAAAA